GAAAAGCUUGGCGAUUUGAGGUUCUCUCAACGUCAACUCAAGCUCACUGUUCCAGCUGGUUUUCCGUUCCAGCGAACGAUUGUCAAUUCAGCGAAAACCUACCAUUCUGCUCGUUAUAUUGAGCUGACGAGUCUUGCUAAGUCUUCUUCAAAUUAGUACCCUUCUACACCAAGCAAUGAUGGAUGGCGUUGAACUCCAGCUCCGGGGGCAGCAACACAUCCCAAACACCACUGUCACAUCAUAUCCUCAAUCUCACGACCGCCGACUCCAAGUAGGAGACCACUUUAGGGAAUCCAAAGAGCAACUGGAAUCGAAACUCGCAACAAUCGAUCGCUUCUAUGCCUCACCAGAAGCAGGCCCUCAUGAAGGUCCACCCAAUUGUCACCGAUGCAGCAAGAAAAAGCAUGACAUCGCCCAAGCAUUCUACGACUACUAUCUCUCCAAAGACUCAAGGGCUUGGUACGCUGGUAACGCUUAUUACACGCAAGAGAUGCAACGUCGUUUCGAGAGCCCAGACGUCUACUCCCUCGAUGAUAUCCACUCGUUCUUCCAAAGCGUGCUACGAGAACACCUGAAGCAAGAUCUGUGCACUGUCCUGCCAACAGACGACUCGAAGACUACAGAUUUCAAGUACAAGACCUCUGAAUUCUUCAAUGAAGGCCACCGCGCCACCAACGAAAUCCUAGACGCCUACCUAGACCACGUAUCAACCAUCGCUCCCAACCCUGACGCAGCAAUCGCCAGCUCCCGAUUGCAAGACACCUGGAACACCGAGUCCCGAGCCCGGCUCUACACCGCCUACUACUGCUCACCAAUUGGGCCAAACGAACCACCGGCCGCAAAAGCUAUCAAAGCAAAGCACGCACGCAUGUUUGAAGCUUUGGUUCCGCACGAUGAAGUUCUUGCGUCGUGGCGCAAAGACGCCGAGGACUCUCAGGCGGCGAAGAUCUCAGAGUUGCAGGGGAAGCUCAGCGAUAUCAAGAUGGCGCAGAGUGCGUAUUUGAAGAACAAGAAGAAGAAGGCGGAGAAAGAUCAACGGAUGCUGGAUCGGGAACCGACUCCAAGGAUUGAGCAAUGUGCGUUGGGUGGGUGUCCGAUUGAGAUUAAUCUGGUAAUGGAGGAGGUUAUUGAGUGUGCGAUUUGCGAGUGGAUGGAUCGAAAGGGUGGGGAGAGGGGCAGAGCGGUAUAUUGCUCGAUGGAGCAUGCUAACGAGGACUUUGAGGAGCACGAUGCCCACGAUCACAGAUGCAUGGCAGAGAAAUGCAUAUACUACCCCAAGCUCGGUCCUCCAGGAAACUUCACCUCCUCUCUAUGCGCCUGCCAGUGUUGCCUGGAAGAAGAUCUCCUCUCAGUAUACUGCUCGCGAGAAUGCUACGAAGAGAAUUUCGCUGAACAUCAGGAACAAGCCUACCAGAGACGCGGUAAUCACAAUCACUAUGAGGAGUUGGAGUAUUUCCGGCCAGCGGAGGAGAUGCAGAUCAUUUCUUGAUUCCUCCUGUUCCGGAUCGCGGUUCACGUGUCUCUAGAUAUUGUAUGCAUGUAAGAUUAGAAAUGUAAAGUGAGCUGUUCAUUCUUAGCUAUUUUUUUUUUUAUCAA